GAAGCAGACGAGCACUGUUCCGGACAGUGCCGAAGAAGACGGGCUCCGCUCCGGGAAGAGCCGAAGCAGACGAGCCCCACUCCGGGGAGAGCCGAAGACGGCGUAGGGCGUCCAGCGGAGCCUGUGAGAGGAGACGCGACGCGGGCGCUUGGGGGUUCCGAUCGUGACGGGGUUGUGGAGGUGCCGGCCGGUAGGCCGGGUAGGGAAGAUGGCGAUAUCGAGGGGACUGUGGUGCUGUCAGCGCACAUUGGCCUGGAUUCCGGUGCUUAUCAUCACCUUGGUGGUGCUAUGGUCUUACUACGCCUAUGUGUUCGAGCUGUGUGUGUUUACAGUCCAGAAUGGGUUUGAGAAAGCUGCAUAUCUUGUGGUAUUUCACUUAUUUUUUGUGAUGUUUGUAUGGACCUAUUGCAAAGCUAUUUUCACAGAACCAGCUGAACCCUCCCGAAAGUUCCAAUUGAACAGAGCUGAUAAAGAAAGGUACGAGCGAGAAGAAAGACCUGAAGUACAAAAGCAAAUUCUCUUGGAUGCUGCUAAAAAGUUGCCAGUGUACACCAGGACUGCAGCUGGAGCCAUCCGAUACUGUGACCGAUGUCAACUGAUUAAGCCUGACCGCUGCCAUCACUGUUCCAUCUGUGAUACAUGUGUGUUAAAAAUGGAUCAUCAUUGUCCGUGGGUGAAUAACUGUAUUGGAUUUUCAAACUACAAAUUUUUUCUUCUUUUUUUGGGAUAUUCCAUGCUGUAUUGCUUGUUCGUUGCUACCACUGUUCUGCAAUACUUCAUCAUGUUUUGGACGGGUGGUCUGUCUGAUGGCCGUGCAAAAUUUCAUGUACUCUUUCUUCUCUUUGUGGCUGUCAUGUUCUUCCUCAGCCUCAUGUUCCUCCUCAGUUACCAUUGUUGGCUGGUCAGUUUGAACAGAUCUACAUUAGAGGCCUUUUCUGCACCAAUAUUUCAGCACGGAGCUGAUAAAAAUGGUUUUAAUCUGGGUGUGAGGAAAAAUUUAACACAAGUAUUUGGACCAAAAAAGAAGUACUGGCUGCUUCCUAUCUUUACCAGUGUGGGCGAUGGGCAUUCCUUCCCCAUGAAAUCGCAGUCAGAGAGUCACAAUCCAUUACUGUCCAAUGAGGAGCACUGGGAUGAGGGUGAAUCAGAUGUGGAAUAUUCAGCAACUGCAAGUGGCACUACCUCUGUGACUGUUGAAAUGGAGUCUUAGCUGACCUGUGAUGCUGUUUUAGCAUUCAUAGUUUCAGAUCACUCCCAGAUACUGCGGUAUUAUCUAAGUGUGAACAAAAGAACCAAAGAUCUUUGAGGGUCUUCAACAUAGAAAACGGAAAUGAAUAUUACCUACCUACACCAGGCAAUCUCCUGAAGAUCUUUCAACAGAUAAUGUACAUUCAUGCUUUGGUUCCCAACAACCACUUCCUUGCUGUGGGAGGGAAAUGCUGUAAAUUUACUUAUAACUGGGUAACCACAAAUAUGAACUUUUAUGUAAAUAAUGUGUGUUUUAAUGAGGUUCUAUCACAGAUACCUAAAACCAACCUUGGGUUUAAUUAAACAUUGACACACUGUAUUUAACUCAUUAGGGUGAAAUGCUAAACAAAAGUGUCCCUUGCAUUAAUAUUGCACAAGUACGGUACAAAUAUAAAAUUUUCAAAUUGCAUAAGAACUGCGUUGUCUGUUCAACCAUGUGUUUGAACGAAAAAGCAGUAGGUUGAUUGUUUACUAUGUUUAUAUGAAUUAAGUCAUUUCAAACCAGGUCAUUUUUUUAAAAGAAUGUUUUUUUUUCAUUUUUUUAAAAAUAUGUUUAGAAGAUUCUUAAACUUAGCUAGUUUUUUUUGAUAUGUUUGUAAUGUGAUGUACAUAUUUUUAAACUACCCUCAAAAUUAAAUACAAUAAAAUUACUCCAGUGAGGGACCAAAGAUCUGUAAAGCAGUAUCUGCUCUAAAGUUUGAGUCACUCUCUAAUCGAAGGAAAGUUACCUGUUAUUUACUGUGCUCGUGCCAAUGUUAAGCUUUACAGGACAGCAAAUAGUCUGGUUCUCAUUGUCAUUCCAUGAAGGUAUGAUUUUCUUUUACCUGGAACCUUAAUUUUGAGCAAAGGAACAGUGACCAAAAAUCUACAGUAAAAGAAGCAGUUCGUUAACUUUGUGGCAAAAUUCCACCCUAAAAUGCCAUCUUGCACUUUCUGUCUGUGCCAACUCCAAUUGGAAAAAUCAGUGUUUGCAGUUGAUACUUGUUUGUGGUUUAUUCCAUAAAGUACCCUUAAAUUCAGGGAAGAAAUUAACUGUUGAAAAAUCAGCAUGUAUAUCUCCCUAAAAACUGCAAGCCAUUAGAGCAGGAGAUUGGCUGUCUCCAAAUGCACAAAUUCACUAAACCACAGUGGUUAAUGAAUACUGUAAUAUCAUGAGAACUUUGUAACAUCUUUUCCAGGUUUCAAAUGAGUUGUGUUCUCAUCAUGUGGCUUUUGAAUUUCCUAAUUUUGAUGUGUGAAAGGUUUCUUAUCUUGGGUAAUCCUUCUGUUUCCAAAAUGCUGAGGUGAAUGCAGGACAAGCUGCUUGAACUAGAGGACAACAAGCCAUAGGCUUUCAUCAUCUCCAGCAACAUUAAGGAAUAACUGCUGCUAGGUUCAAGGAUAUUAAUCCAUAAAGAAAAACAAUUACUGUAGGCCUCAAUGUUUUUUAUUAAUGGAAUUCUGAAGUAUUAAAGUAUGACGUAGCUUCCAUCUUUGGCAUACAAACAAUUUGAAAAACAUUUUUUUUAUCAGUGGGUUUAGUGAAACCACUUUCCAGCAUUAAAAUGUUGCUCUUACAAGUAUGAUAAGCAUUAAAAGCAUCUGCCCAGCCAUCAUUUAUUGUGAGUUCAUUCAAACAACUUUUAAUAAUUUUCAUUUUAUAUUUGUCCAUGUUUUCUCUCAACCAACACCUAAACAGACAGUUUUGUCAUUUGUUUUAUUGUAUUUUGUGCAAUCCUGUUCUGUGCAAAUUGACUGUGCAUUUCUUAUAACAGGGACAGCACUUCAAGACCACUUCAUUGCCUGUAAAGAAUUUUGGGAUGUGCUGAAAUUAUGAAAGGCUCUGUAUGAAUGUAACUGUGAUCUUUAAUUAUCUUUUUUAAUGUCUGUUAUUGAUCAAACCAAAUUAAAGAAUUCAUUUUGGACUCUCAGGAGUGUAAUAGAAACAGAAUUCUGAACACCUUUUUAUAUUUGAAGGAAUGGUGUAAAACUGUCCUUCCUGUUGCUUGACAUAAACACACUUACUCUCUGACUGUAUGACGCGAAGCUAUCUAGGAACGUAAGGCAGUUGUAAUGAAAGGAAACUGGAUUUCAAAUAUGAAUCUGUCUAUAUUUAAAAAUAGCGACUGGAUAGUUUGCUGUCCAGUAUAACACAACUUUGGGAUUUUUCAGAUAAGGCUGCUGCUGCAGCUGUGCACACUUAUUUUUGUUAGAAUCUAUUGGAAGAAUUGUUCUGUUUUUAUUUUUGGUCACAUUGUGAAUAUUUAAAGACCUUUCUUGUCAUCAGCUAACUCCUUUAUGAUAAACCAAUCAGUGACUUAAUUGCAAAGUUUGACAUAGUUCAGUUGUAAAUAUCCAGUUUUUUUCUUAAGUAGAUGAAUGACAUAUGUAGAAAUUGAAACUGAUUUUCGCAAUAGUAUUUUUUCCAAAGUGCAGGUUUAGCAAAGUGGAAGCAAUUAUGAGGCUUUUCUGUUUGAUAAGCCUGAAAUUUUCUUUUUAUAAUGUGACACCUAUGCAAUGUAUACACAAUUUCUAGAACUGAGAAUUGAAAACUCUAAUCCCUGCUGUGUAAGGUGUUUUGAUAGAUGCACCAAGCCUUUGCAAGUUUGACUUUUAAUUUCAACGCUUAACUUAAACACAAGGCUAACAGAUGGACUCAAGUGUAUGUCAAUUUUUUAAAACGUGGUGUUACAAUGUAAAGACAGGCACAAGUCCUGUAAUACACUUUUCUGAAAACUGCACUGUAAUACAUGUACUACAGAAUAUUCCAGCAUGCAUUAUUAUCUGUUGCAUUGUAAGCACUUGUUCAUUUUUUUUAGUUAUAUAAUGACUAUCUCUGUUUUUGUUAGAGCAACCUUUUUUGUGACAUUCCCAAUUUAAUGUUAGUUUGAACAAAUUCACAGAGAAAAGUAGUUUUAGGACUGGAUUGUUAAAAAUAAUUUUAAUAUAACAGAAAACAUUCAUGCAGUCCUGAUUUCUCCCUCUUCUGUAGCAAAAAUAACUGGUGUACACACAAUAUCCUUGUACAGAAUUUCCCAAUUAAUAGAUUAAUCUGGUAACAAGCAGAAAGUAUUGCAUGGGUUUUCAUUGUUUUUAAUUCGCUUUAGCAAGUUUUGAAGGUGGAGGAAGAUAAUCAUAAAUUAUCCUGAUUUGCAUUUUGAGAUAGACAAUUUGGUCUUAAUAGAGCUGCACAUCUCAAUUUUGAACAAUUGUAUUUACAUACAUUGCAGUGCUUAUGUGCCAAUUUAUGUUUGGAUUUAUGGAAUAUUUGAUCUUUAUUGCGUUUAUCUUGACUUUCUACCUCCAUUUGAUUCAAAAGGAACAGCAAGUUAAAAGCAUGCUGUAAUAUGAGAACUAUUCAGACUUAGGAAAUGUUGUGUGGAGAAAUGCAAGGGAAAAUCAAUUUCCACUUACACACUUACAGUGAUGAUGGAAACCUUCCAUCCAUUUUUCCAAUGCUAAUAAAACAUUCAAUUAAAUAUUUUUAAAAUAUGUAUAUUUAAUACAAUUGUCUAAAAUAAGGCAAAAAGUAUUUGCAGGUUGAUGCAAUCUCUGUUUCAGUUGGUGAGCUGAUAUAACUCAGUGUGUCUUUGUUACUGGUUAAUUGUCUGGUAACUUCCAGAUAUUUUUACCAUAUACAGAGCUAUCAGGGACCAUCUCCUGCAAAUUAAACUAGAACAGAAUGAUGGAGGAACACAGCAGGCUAGGCAACAACAGAGGAGCAGGAAAGUUGACGUUUCACAUUGGGACCCUUCUUCAGAAAUGGGUCUAAUUUGUGUGCCUGUUUCUUAUUCAUUGGUUUCCAUGCUACUUGUAGAUAAGGAUAACUUGGUUGAGGCUGGAAUGUAUAUUUGGUCUGUGUAAGAGUAAUAAAAUUCUACCCUUUUAAUAAUUUGAUAUAUUGCUGUUAUUUUCUAUUUAUUUAUCUGCAGCAGUGAUAUCAGGAUCCUUCUUCAGAAAUGAGUCUAGUUUCUGUGGAAAGGUCCUGAGUCGAAACAUCACCACCUUUCCAGCUCCUCUCAUACUGCCUUGCAUGCUGUGUUCUUCCAGCUCCACACUGUUGCCUCUGACUCCAGCAUCUGCAGUUCUUGCUAUCUCUUGGAACAGAAUGAUGUCAUGCUGAGCAAGGUGGAGGCAUUAACUGUUACUAUAGAUACUUCUCUGAGUCUCUGUAUGAAGUGAAACAGAAGUGGGGACUUGGAAUACAACAGAUUAGAGAACCCGUAAAUUUGUGUGCCUGUUUCUUAUUCAUUGGUUUCCAUGCUAUUUUAUCGAUAAGGAUAACUUGGUUGAGGCUGGAAUGUAUAUUUGGUCUGUGGUAAGAGUAAUAAAAUUCUGCCUUUUUAAUAACUUGA